AUGGAUCCAUUAGCUGGGAUGGAUGAUUCCUCAACUGACGAUGAUACUUCAUCGCAAACCACUGAGGAUGAUCCUCAAGUCCCUGAAAACCAGGUGUCCCAACCACCUAUUCCGGUUGUACCACCACCGGUAGCAGUUCCAGCUCCUGGACCCACACAACGCGAAAAACCCCACUAUGCACUUAGGCACACUCUCCGAGGCCAUACAAUGUCGAUAUCAGCUGUUAAAUUCAGCCCCGAUGGAAAGCUCCUCGCUUCGUGUGGCGCCGAGAAGAUGGUUAAAAUUUGGUCUCCAGAAACUGGGGAAUUCCUGAGGAAUUUGAAUGGUCAUACACAAGGGCUGUCAGACAUUUCAUGGUCUUCGGAUAGUGUUUACCUCGCUUCCGCCUCCGACGACACCACCAUCCGGAUAUGGGACGUCGAAACAGGCUUGACCCACAAAGUGCUGAAGGGCCACACUAAGUGGGUGUUUUGUCUGAACUACAACCAAGCUUCGAAUCUUCUUGUCUCUGGAGGCUGUGAUGGCGAUGUACGGAUAUGGAAUACAGCAAAAGGAAAGUGCAUACGAACUCUGCACGCGCACAUGGACUACGUAACCGCAGUCCAUUUCAACCGAGAUGCCUCUCUUAUCGUUUCAUGUGCCUUGGAUGGCCUAAUCCGUAUAUGGAACACAAGCAACGGCCAGUGUCUCAAAACUAUAGCAGAAGGCCACGACGCGAUAUGCCAACAUGUUCAAUUUUCACCCAAUUCAAAAUACAUCCUUUCGACAGCGCACGACAGCACCAUCCGCCUUUGGGAUUACCAGACUACGCGCUGCCUGAAAAUUUACAAGGGCCACGUUAACACCAAAUACUGCAUUUCGGCGUGCUUCAGCGUCACAGGUGGCAAAUGGAUCGUUGCCGGAAGUGAAGACCAUAAAACCUACAUAUGGGACCUCCAAACUCGCGAAAUCGUCCAAAUUCUGGAAGGACACACUGAUAUUGUAGUCGCAGUGGCGACUCACCCUCAACAAAAUAUGAUUGCUACAGGUUCUAUAGACUCAGACCUGGCAAUUAGAAUUUGGGUCGACCCAAUUCCUAGAACUUAA